AUGGAACAACUUCGUCUUCAACUCAAUCAACUUGAACAAGAUGCUAAAAAUAAAAAACCAUCAAAGCAAAUUAAAAAAAAAUCUAUUAAUUUUCUAAAUCUAAAAUUUAUUAUUAUUCAUUUUUUAAGCAAAAUUACUACUCCUUCAGCAUUUGCUAAUUAUGAUCAAUUUCAUGCUAAUAUUUCUUCUAAUAUUGAUGUUGAUCCAUUUCAAACAGUCGAUCCAUUUGCUUCUCAAUCUGAUAUAGGUUCAUCAACAGCACCAAAUGUUUGGUUUCAAUCAUCGAACAAUGUUCCUACAACAAAUUAUCCAUUUGGUUCAAAAAUUGAAUUUCCAAACACAAAAAAUACAGCACCAAAAGCUAAAUCAUCAUCAGUUGAUCCAUGGAGUGGAACAACAACAACAACAACAACAACAAUAACUAAUAAAAAUGGAAAUAUUUGGACACCAUUUAAUACAACAAAUGAUGAAUCACAAAAUGUUUUUAAUGAAAAUUCUUCUUCUGGUACAAUUCGAUAUCAAGCAUUAGAUGAUUAUAAAUCAGAACGUUCUGAUGAUAUGUCAAUGUCAACUGGUGAUAUAAUGACUUUUUUUUUACCUCUUAUGUUAUUAACACCUCAACCUAAUGAAAAAAUUUUAGAUAUGUAUACAGCUCCUAGUGCAAAAGCAACGUAUAUUGAUGCAUUAAUGAGAACUAAUGGUAUAUUAGUAGCAAAUGAUGCUAAUAAAAUCGUGUAA